AUGCCUAGCCAUAUAAAGUACGUCCCGGUGGGCUCAAAGAUAUAUGUGUUUGGUAACCAUCAUUAUAUGACACUGAGUGCCUUAAGCAUCGAUUGUAGAUCAAACACCGUGCAACACCUCCCGAGCAUGACUACAAACUUGAUUGUUACAGUGGGUGAGUUUAUCGAUGGGAAAAUAUAUAUAAUUGGAUAUUGCAAUAAUGAGUGGAAGAAGGUUAAGAUGGUGGUGUUCAAUACAGAAACACAAAUUUGGGAGCCAGAGAUUAUAAAGCAAGAUAUUGCGAUAGAUCUCACGGGGCCUAUUUAUGGGGUGGUGAUAGCUGAUAAGAUGUAUGUGAGAGGUCGUGAUAACACCUUCGUGUACGAGCCAAAGGGAGGUAAAUGGAAAAAGCACGAGAUGCUGAGUUCGAAGAGGUGGGAGAAUGCGUGUGUGGUUGAUGGCGUAUUGUACUAUUACGAUCGUGUUGAGAACAUGUUAAGAACGUAUGAUCCAAAGCAUAUGUGUUGGGGAGUGGUUAAUGGUUUGGAACGCUUUUUUGCUGAGACGAGAGAUUCACUGUGGUUAGAGACUGUGGGUUACGGUGGGAAACUGGUUUUGUUUUUUCAUAUAUAUUUGGGAAAGAUUAUAACAAAUCAGAUUUGGUGUGCGGAGAUUUUGUUGGAAAGAAGACAAGGAGGGGAUAAUAUUUGGGGUAAACCUAAGGGGUGUAAUCAUGUUACGAAUGGUAGGAAUUUUCACUUAAGACAAUCUCUAGCUGUUAUGCUUUGA